AUGGUUCAUCGUGAUGUUCGUAAUCCUAUGUUGUUCGAAAUUGCUUGGGAAGUUGCGAAUAAAGUUGGCGGAAUUUAUACUGUGAUAAGAUCCAAGGCACCAGUGACAGUCCAUGAAUUCGGUGAACGGUACACUCUCAUUGGUCCAUUGUUCUACAAAACUGCUGCCGCUGAAGUUGAACCUGAAGAGGUGACCAAUCCAUUUAUGAAGGAUAUCCUUGAAGAAAUGUCCCGUCAAGGAAUUCGAUGGUUGUAUGGAAGAUGGUUAAUCGAAGGUGCCCCUCAAGUCCUCCUCUUGGAUACUGGUUCAAUUUCAUCAAGGUUGGACGAUUGGAAAGCUGACAUAUGGAAGUUUGUCGCCCGUGAAAAAAGUAAAGCUGUGAUAGCGCAUUUUCACGAGUGGUUGGCCGGUGUUGGAAUUCCCCUUUUAAGAAAACGGCACGUAGAUUUGACAACCAUAUUUACCACCCAUGCGACUUUACUCGGUCGUUAUUUAUGUGCCGGUUCUGUGGAUUUUUACAACAACAUUCAAAAUUUUGUUGUCGAUGAAGAAGCUGGGAAACGUGGGAUAUAUCAUCGGUAUUGCAUCGAACGCGCCGCAGCUCACUGCUCUGACGUGUUCACUACCGUCAGCCAAAUAACCGCUUACGAGGCUGAACACUUAUUACAGAGAAAACCAGGUGGGUUUACACUCCUUUACGAUAUUCACGGUGUUCUUCCAAAUGGGUUAAAUGCUGUCAAGUUUUCGGCGAUGCAUGAAUUCCAGAAUUUACAUGCGAGAAAUAAAGAGAAGAUUCAUAAUUUUGUUCGAGGACAUUUUUAUGGGCAUUUCGAUUUCGAUCUGGACAAUACAUUAUACUUCUUUACAGCCGGUCGUUACGAAUUCAGAAAUAAAGGUGUCGAUAUGUUCAUCGAGUCAUUGGCGCGUUUAAAUAGUCGUCUAAAAGCCUGCAACUCGCCCAUGACUGUGGUGGCAUUCAUAAUCAUGCCCGCUGCUACACAGUCUUUUGCGGUAGAAGCCUUGAAAGGUCAAGCCGUCACAAAACAGUUAAAAGAGACCGUGAAAGAUAUCACGGAAAAGAUUGGGCAGAGAAUAUUUGAAAAGGCCGCUCGAUACACGGGCGGUGGUGAUAUUGUGAGCGCGGUGAUGGAACAGAACGAAUUGCUAACUAAUGAGGAUAGAGUGCUCUUGAAGCGACGUGUCAUCGCCCUAAAACGCGGAGGAUGGCCACCGAUAGUGACACACAAUAUGGUAGACGAUUCAUCGGAUCCCAUUUUGAACGCUAUUCGUAAUGUGCGACUACUAAACGGUCCAGAUGAUCGAGUGAAGGUCAUAUUUCAUCCGGAAUUUAUGAGUUCCAAUAAUCCAUUAAUCGGAUUGGAUUACGAAGAUUUUGUUCGUGGAUGUCAUCUUGGUGUCUUCCCAAGUUAUUAUGAACCCUGGGGUUACACGCCCGCGGAAUGCACUGUUAUGGGAGUACCUUCGAUUACGACAAACCUUUCAGGAUUUGGUGGCUUCAUGGAGGAGAUACUUGAAACUUCAUCUGAUUACGGUAUCUAUGUUGUGGAUCGUCGUAUGAAAUCAGCUGACGAAUCAAUAAAUCAAUUAGCCGAUCACAUGUUACAGUUUUGUCAAAAAUCUCGGCGUCAAAGGAUUAAUCAGCGUAAUAGAACCGAAAGGUUAUCAGAUCUAUUGGAUUGGAAAAUUAUGGGCAUGGAGUACGUCAGAGCAAGAAAAUUGGCUUUACAUAGAGCUUACCCCGAUUCAUUUGUUGGAUCCGAAAUUGAAAGUCACAGAAAAGUUAAAAUUCCAAAGCCCUUAUCGGCACCCGGAUCUCCUAGAAUUAAAGGAAGUGGUAUCUCUGAUGAAGAAAUUACGGAAGGAAUGCACAAUUUAGGGUUUAGAAUCCCCGGCCAAACCGAUGAUGAGGAUGAUGAGGUUAACAAAGAAAACUUUUUCCUGUAUCCGUUCCCACUUGAGAUUCGUCGAAGCUCGGAUCCAAAACGCGACUUACUAAGCGAAGGAGAUGUUAGUAUUUUGAAAACAACAUAG